AUGCAGGUAUCGCCCUCUCGAUGCGCCAGCCAGCUCAGCGUCCGCACCGAUACGCAGCCUGCGAGCCUUGCCGACUCUCGAAACAAUCAUGUGACCAUGGCAGACCUCCUUGCGCUCGCUGUGUACGCAGAGGAAAACAAGCCGAUUGUCAUUAUCGAGAUCGGCCAUUCAAGAGGAAGCGCCAACCCGAGGCUCGCAGACGAUCCAGAGCCGGAGGAGCAGCAGCAACGGUAUGCUGGCUUCAUUGGCGCUUCGAGCCAUGCGACCAUCUUUGACGAGUUGGGCCGCGAAUCUGGAGAGGACCCAGUCAGCACAUUGAGCCAGCAACAAGUAGCAGUUCCUUCUCCUAUCAAUGCGCCUCCCGCUGCUGAAUGCGUGACAGUUAUCGAGCACCUGCUUCAUGACAUUGAUCACAAGGCUGUCUCUGGUCUCAUCCAUUUCUGGUUGGCAAAAGGCACCAGCAUGACUCUUGCGGCCCCAUUACUUCCUACUGCCAUAGAUCUUACACUGCAGGCAAUCUCAACUUGGCAGGAAUCCGCAUCUGAUCUGUGUGCACAUUUGCACAAAUUGUCUUCAGCCCCUUUGACCAAUGAAUUCCCGCUUGAUUUUGGCUGCUUUACGCAUGAAGUCUUUGCGAUUCUCCGCUGGGAAGGCAUUCUGUUACUGCUGAUCGCAGCUGGCCGUGCUGUGAUCGACAUCCAUCAUUUUCCUAUUCUUUACAACGACCGCAAGGCUCGUCGAAAACUGCAGCAAGACUUUCUUUCGUGCGCUGAGCGCUGCCUGGAAGCAGCGCUCUCACGUGAUUGUGCGAACGAUCUACUACUGAUAUGUCAGUUCGAGACCUGGAUCUUAUAUACUAUGGUCAGAGGUGAUCAAAAUUUCGACUCAUGGCGAAAAUUAGGUGAUGUCAUUAGUUCACUGUUAUUCCUGGGCUUGAACGAGGAAGUUCUUGCUGGUCUAAAGGUUCCUGGCUGGCUAGCAGAUCUCAGGCGAGCCAUUUUCGCAGUGACAUACGGAGCAGACAAACACAAUGCAGUGUUCACCGGGCGACCGCCACGCCUCAACAGGAAUUUCUGCUGCUUCCAAUUACCCUGCGGUCCUGUUGGCAGCACGCGCAGUGUGCCUGAAGAAUUCGUGGAAUCUGGUCGCUACACGUUAUCUGACUUGCCUCUAGCCCAGGAUGCCGCACUGGACAAUUCCAGCGCCAUAAGAUGGAUGGCCAUCUGCGCGCUGCUGAAAGAGGAGGCUCUGGAGCUUCUGAGACGUCCGAAUUGCCCCAAUAGAAGUCAAGCUAUUGACACUUUGAUAACUCAAGCCAUCAGCCUCUGGAGCCGUCUUCCUGGGCAUUUCAAGAUUACUGAUACUCUGCCACUGCAUGAUCGACAUACGCCCUACGAGUUGGACUUGGUGCUCGAUUGCCGCCUCCAGUACCUACAGAUCCUUUUUCUUUUAUACGGUGGUGCGCGACGCGAUGGACCGGAAAUCCAGGGAGUGUCGGAAGAGAUACUGUCUCUCGUUGUAGAUGCUGUCAUCUUGCGGGAUCGUGUUGUCAACUCGGGAACGAGUCUGAUCUGGAAGGUGUCCAACUUCGGCCUCAGAGCAGCGGGACUGAUCGCGCUGUCGCUUCUGCGCGUCAGACGUGGUACCUUGGUAAGACCCUUGGGUAAACGUGCCGUCCCAGAUCUCUGCGUCAUCAUUCGAGAAAUACAAGGUGGCGGGUUUGUAGCUCAAGGAGAGCCAAACUACGACCUGUUGUUCCGUGCUGCGUCAAGUAUCCAACGAUUACUGAACCAGAUCAUUCCCGACCUCAGCUCUCCUGCGCGCGCCAUUGAUUCAGAGCAGCCUGUCCCAGCUCAAGACAGAUUGCCACUCCUGGACACAAUGCUUCCACUUGAUACGUGGGAGACCGAGUUUGGGUUCUGGCAAUGGUUAGACGAGCAGCCUGUCUGA